AUGGAGGAGACAAGGGACGUAGAAUGGCACUGUGAAAAUGGCGUGUCGACGUUUGACGAUGGGACCCACAGCCACUGCAUUGCGAAGACUGUUGACGAUGGUGGAGUCGACAGCAAGAGGUUUUACUUGGCUCGCACGACAGCCUUUGAGAUGCUUCGCGACAGAGGCUACCAAGUUUCCGACGCCGAACUCUCUUGCUCUCUCUCUGAGUUUCGUUCUGCUUUUGGUGAGAAGCCAGACCUCGAACGCCUCCGUAUCUGUGUGUCUCUUCGCUCGGAUUUCAGGAAAAAGAUACUUGUUGUGUUCAUGGGGUCUGAACCAAUCACCGUGAAAUCAAUCCAUGCUCUUCACAGUGAGAUUUCGAGCACUCAAGGCUUGCAAGUGCUGAUUCUCGUUUCACAGAGCAAAAUGAACCACUUUGCUCAGAAGGAAUUGGCAACCUUUCCUUUUACUGUUGAAACUUUCCCGAUAGGAGAUUUGUUGGUCAACAUCACAAAGCACACUGCGCAGCCAAAGAUUGAGAUAUUAACCAAAGAGGAGAAACAGGAGCUGCUGAGUAAGCAUGGGAUUGAGGACAAACAGAUUCCUUUUUUGCAGGAGAAGGACAGCUUUGUGAGAUACUAUGGGUUAAAGAAAAAACAGGUUGUGAAGAUCACAUACAGUAAAGAACCUGUUGAUUCUUUCGUCACAUACCGAUGCAUCGACUGA